GCGAGGCGGUGAGCCGGUUGUUUCCCCUCCUCUCUCUUCUACGUCCUGCGUCUUUCUUUCUCCUCCCGCAAGCCUUUCCUCCUCGCAGCAUCCGCGGCCGAUACCUGAGGAAAAGAAGACGGCUGUCUAACCGGAUGAGCUAAGGAUGGGAGCUCAGCAUGUGACCAGAGCCAGCUCUGAAGCAAGAUAAAGCAACUGUGAAAGAGCCCGUUCUGAUAGCCCCACAUUGAAAUGGGAGGCAAAAGAACUGCUGAGGAAUAUCAAAUGAGCCAGAAUUCACACCCUGAUGGAGACCCUGAGGCGGAGGAACCUUGUCUGCAGACAUGUGAGCCAGAGGACCAACCUGGAGAUGUGAAAACAAUGACAGUGACCAAUAGGUGCUGCCGCCGCCGCCGAGACCAGUGCUUCAAAAAUUUGUGCUCCCCUGCAGCAUGGCCGAUCAUCCACAGAAAAGAAUUUCUAUGGUGUCUCAUAGCUGUCCUCAUCAUCGCCAUCAUUGCCCUUCUAGUAGCUUAUUCUAUUCUUAUUCAACAAAGAAAUAGAGCAAAUCAAUCAGGCUCUGACUCUGUUUCUUCUGAAUUGUGCCCACGUAACUGGAUUGGGUAUCGUAACAAGUGUUACUUCUUCUCGGUGGAAGAAGGGAAUUGGACAUCUAGCCAGAACUUCUGUUUAUCCCACAAUGCUUCUCUUGCUCGAAUUGAAGCUGAUGAAGAGGAUUUUCUGAAACCUGUUGCUAGCAAGGGUAUCUAUUGGAUUGGCCUCCAAGGAGAUCAUGACUGGAAAUGGCUAAAUGGAGAUAAGUCAACGUUCAAAGUCCUCGGAGAAGGAGGAAACUGUGCUUUUUGGGAUGCAUUGGAAAGCCAACCGAGAGCCUCAAGGUGCAGCUCACCACAUCAAUGGUUCUGCAGCUGCGCCUUGAGGCAGCAGGAAAAAGGAGAGUCCAGGCACAAAGGAGAAGAAGGAGACAGUGGGCAGAAAAGAGAUCCACCCACCUUCUCCAAAGAAGAUGCAGACCCCCAGCAGGUCCUUCCUUUUUCUGGUUUCUCCUCACCUAUGCCUGCCUUCUCCUCCUACACAUCUCCCCCUGAAAGCCCCAGAUCGCUCUGGGCUGCCCAGCCUGACCUGCGACUAUCCAGGCUGUCUCAACCUGACUCGACUGACACCCAGAUUCCCCCUCCCCUGAAAAGACCUGCAGCCCUCCUGAGGAUGGAAAGGGAGAAUCAGCUACUUCAGAACAACAUGGAGCUGAGGAGGAGCAACAAUCCCUGUGUAGCAGCAGCACAUGAAGGAAAUGAGGGCACCAACAGAGGGAAUCAUCCCGUCACCCUCAUCUUCAUCCUCACCCUCAUCCUCAUUCUAGUUUUGUGUGCAGUGACUCAGCAAUGCCCUGCUGUGGAUGUCCCUCUGCCACCUAUCCAAGCAUGUCCAAGUCUCUGGAUCAACUAUGAGGGGAAAUGCUACUUUUUCUCUGAGGAAGAAACAGACUGGACCUCUGGCCGGAGUUUUUGUGCUUUUUAUGGUUCCACCCUGGCUGUGAUUGAGAGUGAGCAGGAAAAGGCAUUCAUUCUGCGUUACAUCAUGGAUACAACUGGUCACUGGAUUGGCCUCUCAAAGGACUCCACCCAAACCUGGAAAUGGGCAGAUGGGCAAGAAUUCAAAAAUACGUUGGAGGUGAAGGGAAAAAGUGGAGACUGUGCAUUUCUGAACACUGGUUUUGCCAUGUCCUCGGACUGCCAGGUAAAAAGAAACUGGAUCUGCAGCCAGCCUGAUACUUAUACGAGGAGCCUCUGCAGGAGAGCGAAGAGCUGGUGGAGCCUUUGGUAAAACAGGUUAAAGUCCUGCCCCCCAAGCAAUUAGGACCCCUGAAAAUUGAUUAAGGAAAAAUGGAUUUCUUUCCCUUUAUUCACCUACAGCAGGUAUUAAAAGCAAAGCCUGUGGGUAGGGAAAAGCAGAGAGGUCAACGUCACCUCUCUGCAAAAUUCCUGAGCAAUCACUCCGAGCCAAGAAAUGGCUAGAAGCGUGACGGAACAUCAUUAAUUUAGUAUUGGUUAAGAUUAAUAUAUUUUUACUAUUUGAUCUUGGAGGUUUCUGAGCUCUCCUAUUGAAAAGCAAAAUACUUCAGUUAAAAGAAAUCUUUAUAAAGGGAAAUUAAGUAGAUAGACAUUUUAGCUUGAUACUGAUUUUAUUAUGGCAGGAUGUAUUCCAUAAAAUCAUUAAGUGUGUUCUUGAGGUAAGGGGUAUUUUGAGAUGGGCUGCCUUUCUGCAUUUCUCUGUGUUUUAUGGAGAAGUGGCUGGCUCAGAUUUACCCUUUUUCCUUUUCUGUAUUCCCUAAUCAUUCUUUUUCUUAUAUCCUUUAUAUUAUGUGGCUUUUGGUUAUGGUGAGUUAACAUUAAUCUUUCUCUAUAGUAAGGUAGUAAGAGGAAUUUUCACAUGGAACUCCCAGUCACUCUAGGGAGAGCCAGAUUUGGCUUGUAGUCAUGACUUCACCCAAGGAACAUGCUGUUUUGUCCUAAGAAAUGUUCCUUGACCAGCUUGAAUGAUCAGGAGCCAUGAUAGAAAGGAAUGUAAUAGUACACAUAGGUUUCAGAACAGUACAGAAUCAUCAGUAAUGUAUAACAGUUGAAUAGUGGUAAAUCAGUGAAAGGGACAGGUUGACAUCAAUGAACACAAUGGGAGAUGGGAGGCAUGAAUAUGCAUGUAUUCAUUUUAAUAAAGUUAUCUGGUUUGUUGGAAAUAUUUCAAGAGGGAAGAACUAUUACCAGAGCUUGGAAGAUUACUUUUAAAAAGUAAUAAGUUACAGUUAUAUGGCCCAAAAAAGUAGUAAUUACCGUUACAAUUACAAUUGCUCUGAAAGUAACUGAUUACUUUACUUUUCCUCCAAAGUAAUCACUACAAUUACAUUUCAGUUACUUUUUAAAAAAAGCCUACAAGGUGCUGGCCUUGGCUCCUGCACAUCUAAGUAGCCUAAAACAACAUUAAAAAUAAACAAACACAUACAGAGGUAGUAGAAUAAUUAUUUUUAUUCAUAAGAUAGCAAUGGUGGUCUCUCCGCUGGUAAGGGUGGUGGGGAGGGAGGCUGAGGCCAUUACUCAGAUCUUUGCACGUCAAACCAAGUGCAACCCCCCCACUCAGCCAGCCAGCAUAAUUUCUCUCACUUAACCACCUCCCAGACCCUGCCCUGCCACCAACUAAGGGACACUCACUCAAACGAACAUUUUCCCCUGAGAUGCAAAAAAAUUAAAAUACUGCAAAUGCAGCCCAGUAGCCAGAAAGGGUGGUGGAGGCCACUUUGUGUGCCAAGCGCAAACACAGUAUUCCCUCCCUCCCUCUCUCACACACACACACGUGUCAUCUUUCACCUCCACAGUUCUUUAUCUCCAUUCUGCUGCUGCCUUCUUCUCCUUUAUCCAUGUUCUUGACCUCGAGAUCCUUUUUCCCUCCACUCCAUUCUUCACCACCACCAUCCAUUUUUUAAAAUAAUUGUUUUCUCCACUCCACCCCGUCUCACUCUCCGCCUCCUCCCUCGUCACCUCCUGCCCAUCCACAGAGCAUGAGGAAAGAGCGACGCUGCACAGAAGCCCAGUUUGAGGCACAUGAUUUUCAUCCACAAAUCAGAGGAGUAGAAGACUUCCCCUGCUCCCCCCCCAAGUAAUGCCCAAAAGUAAUUCUGGAAACGUUACAAUUACUCCACAAAAGUAGUAAAAUUACUCCUAGUUCUAUUACAAUCAAAAUGUAAAGGAAUUACCCACUCGUUACUCAAAAAAGUAAUGAAUUACAAGUAAUUCGUUACUUGUAACUAGUUACUUCCAAGCUCUGACUAUUACAAACAACUUGGAGGAUUGGUUAAAUCAUGUUCACAUGUUGUAAUGGUAUCCUAUAAAACAUCUGUGCACACUAUAUUUCUUUGCAGCCCCUCUUGGAUACUUCCUGGAUGUGUUCUGGGGGGACUGACCUUGCAUAUGCUUGUUUUAUUUAUUUUAAAUAAAGGCCUACCUUUUUUGCUCCAAGCAAAGAUCCCACAGGAGAAUAAUUACAAUUUCUCCAUCAAAUGGGCCUCUCCAAACAUCCUGUUUAUUGUGCUUUCAUGAUGGUGCUUUCAAUACUAACUGCACCUGCAAAAAUUUCAGGGCAGUCAUACUGCUUCCUUUCCAGUCAGUGCAUGUCCUAUACUACCUGCUGAAAUCUUGUAAUAUUUCAUAUCACAAACAUUCUGGGGUUUUUUGUCCCACUUUUGUUGCACUAUAGUCCUUUCAGACAGCAAUAAUGUAGCAUUGGGAAAGCAUGACGGAAGAAAUGAUAAAGCAGAAUAAGAUGCCUUCAAGUGCUCCUGGAUGACACUGAUUAUCUGCAUGUACUUCAAUGUGGAACUAGGCCUGGCUUUAGGAAUGAAUCAGGGUAGAGACACACUUACCGUUGUGCUGUUCCAGUGUGUCUCUAUCUCUCUUUUCUCAAACCGGGGGGGGGGGACAUGACAGUAGUCAAACUCUGCCCCUUUUUACUCUUAAAGCCUCAUUGGUUCAGUGCAGUUUUUUAAAAUUCAGUUUCAGGGAGGUUUUGCAACUGAUUGGUAGAUCGACCCCUGUGUCUUCAAGGUGUGGCCAAUGGAAAUGCUUUGCUGAAGGCUCAGGCAGAGACAAUGAUUGGCCCAACACUUUUCUGUGGGUGGUCCUGAAAGGUCUGAAGGCAGCAGUGGGGAAGGGAGUUUUGGCCAGCAGAGGGCAGUGUCACUUCAAAAUGCAGUCAGAAAACCAUUCUUGCUGCUUUUGAAGCACUAGCGGCUCAGACCCUCUGUCCUGUUUGUCCUGAUGGAUGGUCAGUAUUGGGAGAGGACAGAGAGAAUGCAGCCCUGUUACUCUUAGUUUAUCAGCAGCCUUUGGUACCAUUGACCAUGGUACCCUCCUGGAUCGACUAAGUGGGAUGCAUACUGGAAGCACUGUAUUACAGUGCUUCCAUUCCUUCAUGUGAAGUCUUGUCCAGCUAGCAGCCUUGGGGGAGUACUCUUGGACUCCCUGAAAUUUGUGCUGUGGGGUUCCUCAGGGCACCAGUUUGUCCCCAACAGCAUUUAAUAUCUAUGUGAAGCUGCUGAGGGGGCGGUCAUUAAGAGCUUUGGAGCAUGUUGCCAUCAGAACACUGAUGACACACAGCUCUGUUUUUCCAUAACGUUUGAAACAGAAGAGGCAGUGCAAUCCCUGUGCUGCUGCUUUAAUGCAGUGGUGGACUGGAUGAGGUCUAAUAAAUGAGGUUUGAAUCCUGGGAAGAUGGAGACUGUAUGAGUAGGCAGUUUCCUUAUCUGGAAGACAGGCUAGUUGUCUGUUCUGGACAGGAUUGCACUCCCUCUAAAGGAGCAGCUAUGUAGCUUCUGGCUAUAACUUUGUCAUUAGAGGCCCAAGUGACCUCUGUAACUAAAAGGGUCUCUUACCAGCAUCAGCUAGUACACCACCUACAACCUUACUUGGACUGGGAUCACUUGGCCACUGUAGGCCAUGCAUUGGUAACCUCAAGACUGGAUUACUGCAGUGUGCUGUAUGUGGGGCUGCCAUUGGGCCUGCUACAAAAGCUCCAGCUAGUGCAGAAUGCUGUGGCAAGACUGCCAAUGGGAGCAGAGAGCUGACAGCAUGUGACACCCCUGUUAAAACAUCUAUACUGGCUGCCUGUUUGCCAUCGGGCCAGGUUCAAGGUUCCUGUGUUGCCUUGAACAACUUUGGUCCAGGUCAACAGGAGAAAUGCAAAUGAAAAAGCAUAUAAUUUCUUUUUGCAAAUUUGCAAACUGAUGUAGGAAUGGGGUAAACUUGAAAUUUGUGGAUGUUCAUGUACUUUUAAAUUAUUCCUGUGCUAUGGGGAUUAAUGGCAGGGCAACAAAAAUGAACUUUAUGAGCCCUUCUGGUUGCUGAGACACUUAUACUUCAAACCUGGAAGGAAAAAUACGGUCCGAAGAUCUUAACUCCCUUGCUACAUUUGAACGUACUUUUCAUAAAUAUCAACUUUGCCUGGAUACCUAUUCAGACAUUUCGACGGCAUCUAUCAAUCUAUAUUUGCAAACUAUGAGGGAUGUAUUGAUAUUUCUUUUAUUGUAAAUGAGCAGAUGUAUUGUAUGUGUGUUGAUUUUUCCCUUUUCCCUUUC